AUGAUGAAGCAGGCAGCAGCAACAGAGGGAAACAUUGAGAAAGGACCCCUUCCUCCACCAGUAAGGCGAUGGAGGAGAUUGGGGGGAUUAUUUGAUUUGUUUCUGAGGUUACUGGCCUUGUCAGGCACCAUUGCAGCUCUGAUUACCAUGGCUACAGCAGAUGAAACCCUCCCAAUAUUCACCCAACUCUUCCAGUUUGAAGCAAAAUACAGUGAUCUUCCAGCAUUCACAUACUUUGUAAUAACUAAUGCUAUAGCUGGUGGAUACCUGGUUUUAUCUCUGCCUGUCUCCAUCUUUAAUAUAGUAAAACCCCGCUUUGCAGCCAUAAGAAUGUUCAUGGUGUUCUUUGACACGGUGAUGGUAGCUGUUGUCACAUCUGGAGCUGCAGCAGGGGCAGCAAUAGUAUAUUUGGCUCAAAAGGGAAACAACCAUGCAAACUGGUUUGCCAUUUGCCAACAGUUCGACUCAUUCUGUCAGCAAGCUGGCGGGGCUCUCAUUGCUUCCUUCGCUGCAGUAGUUUUCUUGAUGCUUCUAGUUGCCUUGUCUGCUAUAAAUCUAUACAGGCGUCGUGCAUAA